GUCCUCCGCGACCCGGACAUCCAUAUGCCUACCUUUCAGUCCAAUCCACUCAAUCCCUCCCCCACACACCGUCUUCUCAAAAAGUACCCAGGCCUCUUCGGUAUUCCCUUUGUUCUCAUCAUUGUAGGCGCUUCGUUUGGCUUGCAGUCUUUCACGCAAACGCGAUAUGACCUGCAAGACCAGAAGGUCAAACAGGUAACACAUGAGCAGGCUCUGGGAUUGGAUAGGAAGAAAAAGAAAUUCGAUAUUAGAGAGGAAUACUACAAACUGAGUGCAGCCAGCGAACAAGAUUGGGAACCUAAAAGAAUUCAACGCCCCGAAGGUCUACCAGAAUGGGGUGUGCCGCCAACGGAACCCCCUUCGACCAACUCUUAAUCUUAAUGUAUCGUACACUACGAACUAGUAUCCUGGAUUAAUGUAUAUAUUGAAGAAGUGUAACAGAUGUAUAACAAUCGCACUCGUUCGCCU